AUGAGCGUGCAGUCUGUGGUCCACACUCGCGUGCCAAGCUGCCGAUUGAAGCCGGGCCCGGCCGGGGCGUCCUGGCACAAGGCCGGUUUUAGACGCAUGUGGGCUUGUGUCGUGACUUUGAGUCUGGCUCGUUAUGCUGCCCAAAAGCUGUCUGAGUCCCAGCGAGAAAGAGAAGGGCUAAAGCCGCCACUGAUCCAAACCAGCUUUCCAGAUCCUCUCCAGCAGCAACUCCACUGCGGAGCCAUGAGCAACCCCAGCGCUCCCAACCAGAUCACAGAUGCCGUGGCAGCGGUUAUUCACAGUGUAAGUCCACACGAUUCUGUCUGUCCGGUCAACCAGAGGCCCCUGCUGCCUCAUCACUACAUGGGACCCCCACGCUCAGAAGAAGAGGAUGACGGGGACCUGAACAAAGCCUUGGGCGUCCAGCGCUUCCAGCAGAUCCUCAGCCCUGCUGCUGUCGUACCUGAUGAGCAGCACCACAACUACCAUGAGGAGGACAUCGAAUACCACCGUCACUCCUCUCAUCAUAUUCACCGACCUCUGUCCAAACUGCCCCCCGAGGGGCGCAGGAAGAAGAGCAGCAAGAAAAGGAAGAAGGACAAAGAUCAUAAAAGCAGCCAUGUUCCCAGCAGUGGCCCCAUAGAGGAAGGAGAGGAUGAAGACGAAGAAGAAGAGGAGGGGACAGAGACGACCUCAGCUCCAUCUGACUCAGAGAAAACCAAAGAUGUGGAGUUCUUUCUUUCGGAUGAAGACCAAGUGGCCAAGCGCGGCAAAGAGAGUCCUCACCCGGCCCGAGCGCUCGACAUUGUACCACAGUCUGGCCUCGGAACAGAUAGUGAAAAUGCAUCUUCCACAGAUAAGCCGAUCUCAUCCGAGACUUCGAGCCCCUCUCCCCAGACAGCGCCACCUGAACACAUACCGCUGGCCCGGGUGUCAUCUGCCAGCCGCAGCUACGACCUGCAGGAGCGUCGACGUACAGGCAACAUGACGGGUGCAGAGCAGGCCAAGUACCAGCGUAUCCCCACUGAUGAGAGCGAGGCUCAGACGCUGGCCUCCGCUGACCUGGACGGCAUCAAGAGUCAUCGUUUUGAAGAUGUCCCUGGCGUGCGCAGACACCUGGUCAGAAAGAGCACCAAGGGACAAGUGGUGCACACUGGGAAAGACCACAAAGAGCCGACCACUCGCACCCGCAAGCAGGACCGAACCCCACAUGAGGUGAAACAUUACGCACUCUCUAGCAUUGAGAAGACAUGCAUCGUUACCGGUGGUUGUGUACGGUCCUCGCGGCUAGAAGGCGUCCUGCUGGACAUGGACUCCGGUCAAAUGGCUCGGUACCAGAAGGUGAGGCUGGGUGACCGGCCAGAGGCAG